AUGAAGUGGGAGUCGUUCCUUUUGACAGCCAUCACCGCUGGCUCGGCCAUGGCUGGAGCACAUCAUGCGCACGAGCAUGCUCAUCGUCGUCAGCGUCUUGCUCACAAUGCAGAAUUGAUGGCCAGGCAGAUCGGCGCCCAUGCCAACCUGGCGAUCAGCACCAAGACUAUCGUCAACCUCGACGUUGUCACCAUGUACACCACUAUCACGCGACACCAUCCUGCCCCCGCGCAAACCACUACCGUGGCAGGCGCAAAGGCUUCCACUGCUGGCAGCCAGCCUCUCGCAGGCGUCAACCUCGGCGUUUCUGUGAACCUUCUAGAUGUUCUUCCGCCCACCACCAACACAGCCACUACGUUUAGUACUGGCACCAGCACCAGGACUAGGACCAGCAGCGCCACAGCGUCUGCUGCGAUCAGCAACUCCGGCAACAGCGCCAGCUGGACCUCCACUCCUUCAAAUGGCGUGUACUCGACCUCUGGCUUCGGCCAACGCACCACCUCAUCCGGCUCGGGGAUCGAGUACACCGGCAACGUCGGCAGCCCCUGGGGCAGCAACAUCAUCGAGGUGACCGCCUCCACGGCCUCACAGUAUAAGUACGUCGUGAAGUUUACAGGCAGCAACACCAAUGACUGGUUCGUCUCAUUCUGGAACAAGAUGGGCCCCGAGGGCAAGCUGGAUGGGUGGUACGGCCACUCGGCGCUCAACUUCACCCUUGCGGCUGGCGAGACCAAGUACGUUGCCUUUGACGAGAACUCGCAGGGAGGGUGGGGUGCCGCUGAGGGCGACUCGCUGCCGACGGAUGAAUACGGGGGGUACGCCUGUACCUGGGGAGAAUUUGAUUUUGGGAAUACCGGUAACGCUGAGUGGUCUGGGUGGGAUGUGUCUGCCAUCCAGGCGCAGAAGGCGGGUCUGACGGUGCAGGGGAUGAAGAUCUGUGAUUAUAAGGGAGAUGAUUGCUCGUAUAUCACGACUAAUGCCGCCAAGGUGGUGAAUGCGUACACGGAGGCGCAGGCAUCUGUUGAUGGCAUCGGGGGUAGUGUGAGUGCCGGCGCGGUGAGAUUAGUAGUUGAGGUGGAUUACAGUGGUUGA